AUCAAAUGUCAAAUGGCUGUCAGAAAUGUCAAUGUUUUGUUUAUUUUUAUGCUUGACAUAGUGUGUACGUUUUACUAAAAAAACAUUAAAAGAAAUAGUGGUAUAGUUGUAAAACAUUCUAUGAGAUAUGGCGGCUGCAUUUCAGCAGCAGAUCUUCGCUUUAGAUGCCCGAUUUAAUGCUUACAGAGCACCAAACAAUCCUAACUUUAAAAUCCUGUACAUACGCAGACGAAGUCAACUUCUUAGAGAAAAUGCCAAGUUUAAGGAUAUUGACACAAUUAAGAAAUACUUGAAUGUGCGGAGUCAGUUACUGCAGCGUCGUUACGGAGUCCAAGACAACAUCUCAAUCAGUUCUUCAUCUUCUAGACAAAGAUCCAGCAGUAAAGUCAACAUAUCUGUUGAAGAGUCUCCUACAAAAAGGAAGAAUGACAUGACAAUAUCAGAGAACUAUGCCUUUACAGGAGUACAUCACAUAUUUGACCAGCACACAGAACAAGUGAGUGUCGUGAAGUUCGCGAACAACGACCGCUCGAAGCUGUGUUGCGCUUCAGACGAUGGGACCGUGUCCAUAUGUGACGUCACAGCGACGCCGCCGCGCGUCAGCGUCAUUCUCGAUGGACACACCAAAGCCGUCACUGGGUGCGACUGGUCGGCGUCUAACGAGCUGCUGGUGACGUGCGGGCUGGACGGCGCGCUGUGUCUGUGGGACGCGGGGCGGCGCCGCAAGCUGCGCGAGGUGCUCGACCAGCUGGCCGCGCCUCUGCUCUGCUGCGUCUUCCAGCCCGCCAACAACAACAUGGUCAUUGCGGGCAACGCUAAGGGCAUGGUCGAAGUAUUGAACAUUUCUACUGGAAUAUAUCCGAGGGGUGGAAGUAGUAUCGUAGGGGGUAGAGUGACCGCCAUAGCUUGUGAAUCCAGUGGCAGGAUGUUCUGGGCGGCGAAUGAUAAGGGCGUGAUCGUGAGCUACCGGCUGGAGGGCGCGGGCGGGUCCGUGAGCAAGUUGCGUCGCUGCAGCGUGGGGGCCGCCGUGUCGUGUCUCAGCUGGAGCCCCUGGCUCGCGCGCCACCCCGCGCUGCUCGUCAGUGCGGCCGACGACUCUCUCUGCUUGUUCAGAAUCGCGGACCGCGAGGGCGCGCUGGUGCUGAAGAAACGCUUCGAGGUGCCUCACCGCGGGCGCGGCGUGCGCUCCACGUUCUGCCCCAUCAUGUCGUUCCGGCGCGGCGUGUGCGUGGUCUCCGGCAGCGAGGACUGCUGCGUCUACUUCCUCGACAUCGAGGGACGCUCCGAGCAGCCGGUCGUCAAUAAGCUCCAAGGACACGCGGCCCCCGUGCUCGGGGUCAGCUUCAGCUACGACGAAAGCCUCCUGGCGACCAGUGACGUCACAGGCCUCGUCAUUAUCUGGCGACGGGGCACCGUGUGAAGCAAUCUUAACCUAACCUAAAUAAAGAUUAUUAAAAUUAAAAUUUUAAAUUAAUAAUAGUUAAAAAAAAAAAAUACACUUUUAUAUAAAAAUCCUACUAAAUAAUAAAUUUAUUGAAAUAAAAAGCGUGGGGCGCAUGGUGUCAAUAGUUAUAAAUAUUUUAUUGACACAUAAUAGUAGAAGGAUUAUCGUUUUGACAAUAUCUUAAAAAGCACCCGAAGUUUUUGUUUUUUUUUUUAACUAUUAUUAAUUUAUAUUUUUUUAGUUUAAGUACCAUUAUGUAUUAUCAUAAAUUAUUCAUUAAUGUACAUUCACACAAAUACAACACUUUCCAAUUUGGUAAGUGAAAUAAAAGGAGCUCAAAAGAAUUUGUUGUUUUGACUGCCGAAAGUAAAUAACAGGUCUAACUAACUGAUUUGAAAUAUUGAAUUGUCAUCGGUCCUUAUGAUUUAUGCCAAAUUUCGAGUUAACCCGACGUCUUGAAGGGGGUCAUAAUCAUGUUCAAAUAUUACGUUACAUACUAAAAUACGUAUAAAGCCAAUAAAAGCGUAUGAACUCACAACGAAUAUAUAUAACCAAGAAACGGUAAUUUACCCUUACGUAAAUUACCCUUUCUUGGUGUGAGUUCAUACGUUACUGGAACCGACAGGCAUCACAACAUGCACCCGCUACCCGCCUUGAGACACGAGGUCGUAGUCAAGUGUACUACAGGACAGCUGUCCGAUUUUUGGCCUGCACCGAACUUUGAAUUUUUUUGUUAAAUAUUAUACUCUGUGAUAAAAUAAAUCUCUUGACUUAAUA